UGCGGGAGCUGCUCCAGGUCUGGAGGGGGCAGGCGACAGCGCGCAGGUACCGCGGAGGAGAAACCUCUGCCGGUGCGGCGGGGGCUGCUGCGGGGCACCGGGCUGGGGGCCUCGGUGCCAGGGGCUGCGGCCGGAACCGGGCUGCGGCUCGAAACCAGGCGCUGCCCCCCCCGGGCAAGGCGGCGGGGACUCCAGCCCGGCGGGGCCGGACACAGCCCCGUCCCGUCCCGUCCCGUCCCGUCCCGUCCCGUCCCGUCCCGUCCCGUCCCGUCCGCGCCCCCCUCCGCGGCAGGGCUGCGGCUCUCGGCUCUCGGUGGGGCGGCUCCGGCCGGGGACUGCGCCCGGUCCCCGCCCCGCGCCCGGCCCCGCCGCGGCCCCACCCGCGGGGCCGCCCCCUGCGCUGCGGCGGGCGCGCUUCUGCGGGGGCGGGCGGGCGGCGACGCGGUCCCUCCGUGCAGCCCUCCGUCCCUCGGAGCGCCUCUGCGGCCCUCCGGCCGCCCUUGCCCGCACCCCUCCAUCCUUCCCCGCACCCCUCCCUGCAGCCCUCCGCCCGCCCCAGCGCCAGCAGGGCCGUUCCUGCCCGGUCAUGGCGGGGCGGCCGCGCUUCCUCUGCGGCGUGGUGGAAGAAAGUGCUUGGCUGAUGUAAAAGUUGCCCAUGAUGUGGAGCCCUUCUGAUGCUAGGAGCUGCCUUGAUGACUAAUUACCAUCAACAUUCUAAAUAUAAUGUAUUUUCUGUGAGCCUUCAUAUCUGGGCAACAUGCUCUCGGUGACCCUGCUUGAGCAGGGGGUUGGAUCAGAUGACCUCCAGAAGUCCCUUCCAACCUCAACCAUUCUGUAUUCCUGUGAUUCCUUGACUGGACUGCGUGGCUGAAGAACCUUUUCUUGCUAAAUUUGAGAUCUGUGUUUGAACACUUCCAACACUUUAUAGCCCAGACAGGAAUGUUGAUGCUCUGCUUGACGCAGCUUGACACUACACAGAGAGGGAGAUGCACAGAGGAUCCAUCCAGAGGGACCUGGACAGGCUUGAGAAUUGGGCCUAUGUGAAUCUAAUGAAGUUCAACAAGUAAAAGUGCAAGGUGCAAGUGCAAGGUCGGGGUAGUCUCAGACAUGGGUACAGACUGGGAGAAGAAAUUGAGAGCAGUCCUGCAGAGAAGGGCUUGGGGACGAAAAUCUCAACAUGAGCCAGCAGUGCACACUUGCAGCCCAGCAAGGCAACUACAUCCAGAGCUGCAUCAAAAGAGGAGUGGCCAGCAGGUCAAGGGAGGUGGUUGUCCCCCUCUGCUUUGCCCUUGUGAGGCCUCACUUGGAGUGCUGCGUCCAGGUCUGAGGCCCCAGCACAGGAAGAACAUUGAUCUGUUAGAACGGGUCCAGAGGAGGGCCACAAGGAUGAUCAGCGGGCUGGAGCACCUCUACUAUGAAGAAAGGCUGAGAGGGCUGGAGCUGUUCAGGCUAAAGAAGAGAAAGCUCUGGGGUCACCUUAUUGCAACUAUUCAAUACUUGAAGGGGGCGUAUAAAAAAGAUGGAGAGCAACUUUUUGCUCAUUCAGGUUUCUAUGGGAGACCAUGGUCUAUGGAACAGAGGAGACUGCUCUUUCGAUGGCUGGAACGCCAGGAGCUGAACUGCUACAUGUACGCACCCAAGGAUGAGUUGAAGCACCGGCUGCUCUGGCGAGAGCCCUACACAGAGCAUGAGGCAGCCCGGAUGCGGUCUCUCAUAGAAGCUGCCCAAAUGCAUGGCGUGGAGUUCAUCUUCGCCAUUUCUGCUGGCCAGGACAUGGUGUUUUCAAGUGCUGGGGAUCGGCUCCUGCUGCAGCAAAAACUCAGGCAGGUGGCUGCCAUGGGGUGCCGUGCCUUCGCGCUGCUCUUUGAUGACAUCGACCCCUGCAUGUGCCGAGCCGACAGAAAUGUCUUCACCUCCCUGGCAGAGGCCCAAGCCUCUGUGGCCAACGAGGUAUACCAGGAGCUGGGACAGCCCUCCAUCUUCCUCUUCUGCCCCACAGAGUACUGCAGCUCACUCUGCUCUCCAAGCCCUGGCCAGUCCUGCUACCUGCUGACCCUUGGACGGGAGCUGCUCCCAGGGAUUGGGGUCAUCUGGACUGGCCCAAAGGUGGUGUCACAGGAACUCUCAGCCAUGCUGCUGGAGGAGGUGGAGGGCGUCCUGGGGCGCCGUCCCGUCAUCUGGGACAAUCUGUUCGCCAAUGACUACGACUGCAGACGUGUCUUCUUGGGCCCCUACACGGGACGUGCCCCUGGCCUCAUGCCUCGACUCUGUGGGCUGCUCCUUAACCCGAACUGUGAGCUCCAGGCCAAUUUCAUCCCCAUCCACACGCUGGGCAGCUGGUUUCGGAGCGAGCUGGGGAGCUGUGCCUCCCCUGACCAUGCAGGGACGGAGACUGCAGCAGCCCUGGGGGACAGCCAGGGCCCAUGGGAGGGGAGCUACAGCCCCCAAGAGGCCUUGGAGCUGGCACUGCUUGACUGGGUGGCUGAGAUAAACCAGCAGGCCUUGGAGACAGGAGGAAGAGCUCUAUUACACCCCAGCGCUGGCUGUGAGGGAGGAGCAGGACUGCAGCCAGGCACAGCAGGAUGGCAGGAGGCCACGCCUGGCCCCCAGACCCAUGGCACUGCUCCUGGUGGGGCAGACCAGUGUGGCCCUGAGACCUACGGCGGGACACCAGGGGAGGGAAGGAGGAAGGUGACCUUGGUGCCUAAGAAGGACAGUGGGAGCAGGACCCCCACCCGCAGUCAGCAGAGCCCCCCAGGGGAUGGGGACCAGCUCGCCUCAGGUAGCGGAGCAAGCUGCGAGCCCUCCUCUGCUCCACGCAGCACAGGGGGCAAUGCCAAGCCUGCUGGAGCCCCUGGAAAUGGUGAGACCUUCUGCAGCCUGGAGACCCCAACGUGCUGCAGCAGUGGGGCUGACAACAGCCAGAGCCUUCUCCUUGACACCAGCAAUGCCAGGGGAGGGGAUGGCAACCUCCCCCAGGCCCCUGGCAGUCCCCAGCCUGGGGCCAAUGGGGCUGAUGUGCCCCAGACACUCCCAGGGGCUGGGGCUGGUGCCAGCCCUGUAUCCACAACACCACUCACCGAUGGGGCUGGUGCCAGCCCUGUCCCCACAGCACCACUCACCGAUGGGGCUGGUGCCAGCCCUGUCCCCACAGCACCACUCACCGAUGGGGCUGGUGCCAGCCCUGUCCCCACGGCACCGCUCACUGAUGGGGUUGAUGCUAGCCCUGACCCCAUGGCAUUGCUCACUGAUGGGACCAGUGCCAGCCCUGGCCCCACUGCACCACUGACCCCAGAGGAGGCCACGUCCAUCCACAUGGCACUGCUGGCCCCAGAGGAGGUCAGGUCUGGCUGCAUGACACCCAGGUUUCUGGAGGAGGCUAGGUCCAACUCAAAUGACCCACUGACCAUGGAAGAGGUGCGAAUGCUGGUGGAGCUCUUCUACUUGCCCUACCAUCAUGGGCCACAGGCACAGCAUCUCCUGGAGCACCUUCAGUGGCUCCGGGCCAACAGUCCCAGCGUGGGGGUCCCGGCCACAGCACCCAAUUCUUGUGAGGGCACCCAGUGGCGUGGCCGAGCACAGUCCUUCCAGCUGCUCUGCGCCCAGACGUGCCGCCUGCACAGCCGCUUCGUCUGCAGCGCAGGGCAGGCGCUGCUCUAUGACCUUCACCCCUACCUCUGGGACAUCCGCAACAUGCUGCUGGCUGCCAGUGCCUUCAUCCUCUGGUUGGACGGCCACCUGCUCUGUGACCCUGACCCCAAGGGCACCUGGAGAAGCUGCUUCGGCUGGUGCCAGAGCAUCACUGCCCCACUCUUCCCCAGGGAAGAUGCUGAGCCCUGGGCACGCCGCGGGGGCCUCUUUGGAGAGCUGCAGGCCCUGCUUCCCGUGGGGAACAGCUGUGACCUCUUUUAUCACCCACCUCCGCUCUUUCCAUCUCGCCAGCUGUAUCUCCUGCGCCCGCUGCUGCCUCAGGACAAGGGAGAGCUUUACCGAAUGUGCCGGGAGGGUCUGGACUGUGACCCCAGCGUUGCAGAGGUCCUCGUGGCCCACCCUGACCUUCUGGGUGACAGGCUGCUGGGCAGCUUCCUGCACCUGAGCCCUGAGUACACGUUCGUGCUGGAGGACGAGGGCGGCCCGUGUGGCUACGCAGCCGGAGCGCUCUGUGCUGAAGGCUUCCUGCGAGAGCGAGCCAGCAGCUGGCUGCCGGCCAUGCGGCACAAGUACCCCCGGGAGCUGCGUGCGGGCGGCCCAGCCCUGGGACAGGAUGCCCUGGAGGAAGCACUGCUCUUCUUCCACGCAGAGCCACCGGCCGUGCCCCUGCCCGUGCUGCGGCGCUUCCCCUCCCUGGUGCAGCUGGGCACGGCCCCUCGGGUGCUGGACGUGGGGGCCAGCCGCAGCCUGGCUGUCUGCCUGCUGAGUGCGCUCAGAGCCAAUGGCUCACGGGGAGUGUUUUGCCAGGUCAGUGCCGCUGACCAGCAGCAGCUGAGCUUCUACAGCAAGCUGGGUUUCGUCGCCCUGCCUGUGCCCUGGCCCAGCUCCCCUGAUGCUCGGCUCCUGGGACGCCUCCUCUGAGUGAGCAUUGGGCAUGGGCACAGGGAGACAGCACCACAGGAUGGGAACUGGCAGCGUGUCUCAAGGGAGCAGAAGCAGAGGGGCACCUUGGGCAGGGCAGGUACAUGGGGGAUGUGGCCUGGGGGUAAGCAGGGUGCCACUGGGAUGUGCACAGGGCACCAGGCUGUGGGAGUACUUGGCAAGAGAGGGGCAUCUCUGCUGCUUCAGGAGAUUUGGCCAUCCAGGCCCUUCACUCCUGCUUGCUGAGCACCCUCCACCUGUGCCAGGGAAUCAAAGCACCCGGCCUGGCAGGUUGUGCACGGGCAGUGUUUGGGGUAGUGGUCUUGGGGCAUGGCGUGUUGGCACUGGGACAGUGUCCCUGUCCCACCGAUGGAGCUGCCCAGCUCUCUCCAUCCCCAUUGUGGCCUCAGUUUGGACAGUUGGUGCCAGGGCUGGCUCUUGGCACCCAGGAGCUGCUUGUUGUAUUGAGCUGGCAUGGGGCACAGUGAGGCAGCCCUAAUCUCUGCUGCCCAGGGGCUGAGGGAAGUGCUGUCCUCAGUAAUAAAGCAUUUGCUGGUCUCUCACCAUG